GGGAUCACACAGAGGUGGCCGCACAAUGAGUUCGAGCUCCGUAUCAACUUCAAAUAUGUCUGAUUCUGGAAAAGGGAAAACACAGAAGUUUGUCAUGUAUGGCGAUGGCACACAGGAUCUGGAGUAAGUAUGCGCAUGAAACCAAAUUUCACAACUCUUGCGAGGGAAGCUUUAUUGCAAUGCUUAUUGUGCGUAAGAAAUCCUCUCUCGAGGUGCGCAGAAACAGUUUUUGCUACUCAUGCAAAACGGAUCUUUGUAAUUGUAUGACUGUCAGAGGGCGUAGAAACAUCAAUCAAAAAUGUUAGGGAGCACGACGAGGCUGCACCUUUCCCGACGCAGACAUAUCUGCAGUGGAUACCUCGGGCGGGGACAGAAUUUAAGGUUUCACCUGUCGGAGAAAGGAGUUGGAAGAAACCUUCUCAACAACACGGUGCAGACACUGCUCAACCUGGAGACGCAAUGGAAGUCGACGACGAGGGACAAGGAGCACGGGUCCGCGACG